AUGGCUCCCACCGUCAACGGAACCAGCGGGACCCGUAAGUCUUCGCUAGUCAACGGCACGCCGAGUUCCUGGCAGGCGAAGCACCAAGUCACUUCCCACUUCAUUGGGGGAAACCGACUGGAGAAGGCCCCUCCUAGCAGAGUCAAGGAUUUUGUCCAAGAGCACGAUGGACACUCUGUCAUCACUUCCGUGCUCAUUGCAAACAACGGUAUUGCCGCAGUGAAAGAAAUCCGUUCAGUACGAAAAUGGGCCUACGAGACAUUCGGCGACGAGCGCGCCAUUCAAUUUACUGUCAUGGCCACCCCAGAAGAUUUGCAGGCAAACGCAGACUAUAUUCGUAUGGCAGAUCAAUAUGUUGAGGUGCCCGGAGGCACCAAUAACAACAAUUAUGCCAAUGUUGAGCUGAUUGUCGAUAUUGCUGAGCGCAUGAACGUCCAUGCCGUCUGGGCGGGUUGGGGUCACGCCUCGGAAAAUCCCAAAUUGCCCGAAUCUUUAGCAGCCUCGCCCAAGAAAAUCAUCUUUAUUGGGCCUCCGGGAUCUGCAAUGAGAUCCUUGGGUGACAAGAUUUCCUCCACAAUUGUCGCACAACACGCGAAAGUGCCUUGUAUUCCUUGGUCGGGAGAGGGUAUUGACGAGGUUGAAAUUGACAAGAACGGCAUGGUGACGGUGAGAGAUGAGGUAUACGACAAGGGCUGCGUACAUUCUCCUCAAGAGGGCUUGGAAGCCGCCAAAAAGAUCGGUUUCCCCGUCAUGGUCAAGGCCUCUGAAGGUGGUGGUGGCAAGGGUAUUCGAAAAGUCGAAAACGAGGCCGACUUUGUAAGCCUUUACAAUGCCGCCGCAAGCGAAAUCCCGGGAUCUCCCAUCUUCAUUAUGAAGCUUGCGGGAAACGCCCGACACUUGGAGGUGCAGCUUUUGGCAGAUCAGUACGGAAACAACAUCUCUCUUUUUGGCAGAGAUUGCUCUGUCCAGCGAAGACAUCAGAAGAUUAUUGAAGAAGCUCCCGUCACCAUUGCGAACCCGGAUACAUUCCGUUCCAUGGAGCAGGCGGCUGUCCGGUUGGGAGAGUUGGUAGGCUACGUGUCUGCGGGUACCGUUGAGUAUCUGUAUUCGCAUGCGGAUGGCAAGUUCUACUUCUUGGAACUCAACCCCCGUCUCCAGGUCGAGCACCCGACCACCGAAAUGGUCAGCGGUGUCAAUCUACCCGCGGCCCAGCUACAGAUUGCCAUGGGCCUUCCUCUCCACCGCAUCCGUGACAUUCGCUUGUUGUACGGCGUUGACCCACACACCUCGACCGAAAUCGACUUCCAUUUCGUGAACGAGAGCAGCUUGAAGACGCAACGACGGCCUCGGCCCAAGGGCCACACCACCGCCUGCCGUAUCACCUCGGAAGAUCCUGGUGAGGGCUUCAAGCCUUCAAGUGGUACCAUGCAUGACCUCAACUUCCGAUCAAGCUCCAAUGUCUGGGGCUACUUCUCGGUAUCCUCGAACUCCAGCAUCCACAGCUUUUCCGACAGUCAGUUCGGUCACAUUUUCGCCUAUGGCGAAAAUCGAUCAGCCUCCCGAAAACACAUGGUCGUUGCUUUGAAAGAAUUGAGCAUUCGUGGUGAUUUCAGAACCACCAUUGAAUACCUCAUUAAGCUGUUGGAAACACCCGCUUUUGAGGAUAACACCAUCACCACGGGAUGGUUGGAUCAGCUCAUCUCCAACAAAUUGACUGCUGAGCGUCCGGAUCAGAUGCUCGCUGUCCUUGCUGGUGCUCUUACCAAAGCGCAUAUAGCCAGCGAAGCUUGUAUCGCAGAGUAUCGCAAGGGGUUGGAAAAGGGUCAAGUGUCCUCCAAAGAUGUCCUUAAAACCGUCUUCCCCAUUGAUUUUAUCUACGAGGGCCAGAGAUUCAAGUUCACAGCAACUCGAGCCAGUCUUGACAGCUACCACAUUUUUAUCAACGGCUCAAAAUGCUCUGUUGGUAUGCGGACCCUGGCUGACGGCGGUUUGUUGAUGCUUGUUGCUGGCCGGUCUCACAGCAUCUACUGGAAGGAAGAGGCUACUUCCGUUCGACUGAGUGUGGACAGCAAGACCUGCCUGCUCGAGCAGGAAAAUGACCCCACUCAGCUCCGAACUCCCUCGCCUGGGAAGCUCGUCAAGUUUACCGUCGACAACGGCGAUCACGUCAAAGCUGGCCAGGCCUUCGCUGAGGUUGAAGUCAUGAAGAUGUACAUGCCGCUCAUCGCUCAAGAGGAUGGUGUUGUUCAAUUCAUCAAGCAGCCAGGAGCAACUCUUGAGGCCGGUGACAUUCUCGGAAUUUUGGCUCUCGAUGACCCAUCCCGAGUCAAGACGGCCGAGACAUUCACGGGACAACUCCCUGACCUCGGUCCUCCUCAAGUCGUUGGCAAAAAACCACCUCAGCGAUUCGCCCUCCUCAUCGGCAUUCUUCAGAACAUCCUGCUUGGUUUUGACAACCAGGUUAUCAUGGCGUCAACUCUGAAGGAGCUUGUUUCGGUCUUGAGAGACCCUGAGCUGCCAUAUGGCGAAUGGACCGCGAGAGCCUCGGCUCUGCACUCAAGAACUCCGCAGAGACUGGACGCUCAGCUUGACCAGAUUGUGGAGCGAGCACACGCUCGACACGCUGAAUUCCCGUCCAAGCAGCUUCAAAAGGCCAUCAACCGCUUCAUUGAAGAAAACAUGUCCCCCAGUGACGGAGCCACUCUUCACGCCACUUUGGCACCUCUUGAGGAGUUGAUUGCCCGAUAUUCGGAAGGCUUGAAAGCUCACGAGUUCUCGGUCUUCACCGGGCUUCUCGAUAAGUAUUACCAAGUCGAGAGAUUGUUCGCCUCGGGCGCACACCGAGAUGAGGAUGUUAUUCUCAAACUUCGAGAAGAGCACAAAGAUGACAUUCUGUCGGUGGUCUGGACGGUGCUGUCACACACACGAGUCUCCUCCAAGAACAACCUGAUCGUUGCCAUUUUGGAUAUGUACCGACCAAACCAGCCCAAUGUCGGCAACGUUGCCAAAUAUUUCCGAUCUGCUCUACGGCGUCUCACCGAGUUGGAGUCUCGAGCCACGGCAAGAGUUGCUCUGAAGGCGCGUGAGUUGCUGAUCUUGUGUGCCAUGCCCUCACUCGAGGAGAGAUCAUCUCAGAUGGAGCACAUUCUCAAAUCCUCGGUUGUCGAAUCCAAAUACGGAGAGACCGGUUGGGAGCACCGUGAGCCUGAUCUCGAUGUGUUGAAGGAAGUGAUUGAUUCUCGAUACACCGUAUUCGAUGUCCUUCCACUCUUCUUCGCCCACCACGACCCUUGGGUUGGACUCGCGGCGCUGGAGGUGUACAUUCGACGAGCAUAUCGUGCCUAUACCGUCAAGGGGAUUGAAUAUCACAAUGACGUGGAUCCACCGUUCUACCUCUCCUGGGACUUCGUCCUCCGCAAAGUCGGACAAUCUGAAUUCGGGUUGCCAUUGGCCUCAUCCUAUCCUUCGGGUCAAGCGACCCCCUCGCAACAAGGCAAUCCAUUCAAACGUAUUGCCUCCGUGAGUGAUUUGUCUUACCUCAACAAAAUGGGAGAAGAUGAUGAACCUUCACGGAAGGGUGUUAUUGCUCCUUGCCAUUAUCUGGACGAGGCUGAUGAGUGCCUCGCUCGGGCUCUCGAAGCAUUCCCCAAGAAUCCCAAAGAGAAACGGCCUAGCCAGCCUUACCUCAUGCCAACCCUCGACAACCAGCGAAAACCACAGAAGACGUCAGACCCGUCUGAUGAAGAAUUGACCAAUGUCUGCAAUAUCGCCAUCCGCGACAUCGAGAACUUGUCCGACGAGGAGAUUUUGAGUCGUGUACACAGCUUGAUUGCCGAGUACAAGCCCGAGCUUCUAGCACGAAAAGUUCGUCGGAUUACUUUCAUCUGCGCCCACACAGACGGAACCUAUCCCGGCUACUUCACGUUCCGUGGCCCUACUUUCGAGGAAGACCAGAGUAUUCGACACAACGAACCGGCUCUCGCUUUCCAGCUUGAACUAGGACGAUUGUCGAAGUUCAAGAUCAAGCCCGUCUUCACCGAAAAUAGAAAUAUUCAUGUAUACGAAGCCAUCGGCAAGGGCGACGACAGAGACAAGGUUGUCGACAAGCGUUACUUCACUCGUGCAGUGGUCCGACCCGGUCGCUUGAAGGAUGAGAUCCCCACCGCAGAAUACCUGAUCUCCGAGACUGACCGCUUGGUCAAUGACAUCUGUGAUGCUCUCGAGAUCAUCGGCAACAACAACUCUGAUCUAAAUCAUAUCUUUAUCAACUUCACUCCUACCUUCAACUUGCAGCCAAGAGAUGUCGAAGAGCAAGUUGCUGGCUUCUUGGAACGAUUCUCUCGGAGAUUCUUGCGCCUUCGAGUUACCGGGGCUGAAAUCAGAAUGCUUUGCACCGAUCCUGAAUCAGGUUUGCCAUAUCCGGUCCGCGUCAUCAUCACCAACACCUCUGGUUACGUCGUCCAAGUCGAGACCUAUGUCGAGAAGAAAUCGCGCACUGGCGAAUGGGUGUUUGAAAGCAUCAGCGGGACCACCAAGAUCGGUGCUAUGCACCUUCGACCCGUCUCGGCUCCCUAUCCAACGAAGGAGUGGCUGCAACCUAAGCGUUACAAGGCUCACCUUAUGGGCACUCAAUAUGUUUAUGACUUCCCCGAGUUGUUCAGGCAGGCAAUCCAGAACAGCUGGUCCAAGGCGGCUGCCAAACAUGCGCCACUUGCUGAAGCGAAACCUGAAGUUGGAACCUGCCUCGAAUACAACGAACUCAUUCUGGAUGAUGCCGACAACCUGACCGAGGUGUCCCGUGAGCCUGGUACUAAUAACUGCGGUAUGGUGGCCUGGAUCUUGACCGCCAAAACUCCCGAGUAUCCCAGAGGGAGAAGAUUCGUCAUUAUUGCCAACGAUAUCACCUACCAAAUCGGUUCAUUUGGACCUGUUGAGGACAGAUUCUUCAGCAAAUGUACCGAAUUUGCUCGCAAACUGGGCAUUCCUCGUGUCUACCUGUCUGCCAACUCUGGUGCUCGUAUCGGCAUGGCUGACGAACUCAUUCCCUACUUCUCGGUUGCAUGGAAUGACGAAGCAAACCCAGAAGCUGGCUUCAAGUAUCUCUACUUGACUCCUGAAAGGAGAAAGCAAUUGGGCAAGAAAGAAGUUCUGACCGAGAAGGUCGUUGAGGACGGUGAGGAGCGACACAAAAUCGUCACCAUCGUUGGUGCCAAGGACGGAUUGGGAGUGGAGUGCCUGCGAGGAUCUGGUCUCAUUGCUGGAGCCACCUCCAAAGCCUACGAAGACAUCUUCACCAUCACCCUCGUCACUUGCCGAUCCGUUGGUAUUGGUGCUUACCUUGUCCGUCUCGGUCAACGUGCUAUUCAAAUUGAGGGUCAACCAAUUAUUCUCACCGGUGCUCCGGCCCUCAACAAGGUCUUGGGCAAGGAAGUCUACACUUCCAACUUGCAGCUUGGUGGCACGCAGAUCAUGUACCGAAACGGUGUCUCUCACAUGACGGCCAGUGAUGACUUCCAGGGUGUCGAGAAGAUCGUUGAAUGGAUGUCCUUCAUUCCCGACAAGAAGGGACAACCAGUUCCUGUCAACCCAUCAGCGGAUCCGUGGGAUCGAGAUAUCCAAUAUUUCCCACCUCCACGACAACCAUACGACGUCAGACACCUCAUCGCCGGCAAGCAGAAUGAGGAAGGUUUCGUGUCUGGUCUGUUCGACAAGGACUCCUUCCAGGAGGCUCUUGGAGGCUGGGCAAGAACUGUGGUAGUGGGCCGAGCUCGACUUGGCGGCAUCCCUAUGGGUGUUAUUGCGGUUGAGACUCGUACCGUCGAGAACGUUAUGCCAGCUGAUCCUGCCAAUGCUGACUCUAUGGAACAAGUGGUACAAGAAGCCGGUGGCGUGUGGUUCCCCAACUCCGCUUUCAAGACCGCACAAGCCCUCCGAGAUUUCAACUAUGGCGAGCAGCUUCCCGUUAUGAUCCUUGCCAACUGGCGUGGUUUCUCUGGUGGUCAACGAGACAUGUACAACGAGGUGCUCAAAUAUGGCUCGUACAUCGUUGACGGCCUUGCCAAAUAUGAGCAACCUGUCUUUGUUUACAUUCCUCCGUUCGGUGAACUCCGUGGUGGUUCAUGGGUGGUUGUUGAUCCGACUAUCAACCCUGAACAAAUGGAAAUGUACGCUGACGAGGAAUCCCGUGGUGGUGUCUUGGAGCCCGAAGGUAUCGUCGGGAUCAAGUACCGCCGCGAGAAACAGCUUGAGACCAUGGCUCGAUUGGAUCCGAUCUAUGGCGAACUCAGGGCGCAAUCUCUGGUCAAGGAUUUGACAGCCGAGCAGCUGAAUGCCAUCAAGGCCAAGAUGACAGAACGUGAGCAACUCCUCGGACCGGUCUACCAACAAAUCGCUCUUCAGUUUGCCGAUCUUCAUGAUCGUGCAGGACGGAUGGAAGCCAAGGGUACGAUCCGAAUGCCACUGAAAUGGCAGAAUGCUAGACGAUUCUUCUACUGGCGACUGCGAAGAAGAUUGUCUGAAGAGGUUCUCCUCAAGAAGCUCAACAGCAGUAUGGCUGUUGGUGGUGCCCCGGUGGUGUCCAAUGGACUUGCUCAGAAGGAGCACAACCUUGCCAUGCUCAAAAACUGGACCGGUCUUUUGGACGCGGAGUUCGAAAAGGAUGACCGCAAGGUUGCUGAGUGGUACGAAAGCCAUAGAAAGGAAAUCUAUGCUAAGAUUGAUGCCGUCAAGAGUGAGGCUGUGAGCAAGAAGGUAUCCGAAUUGUUGAUGGGCAACAAGGAGGGUGGCCUCAAGGGAGUGCGUGAGGUGCUGAGUCUGGUUCCUACAAGUGAAAGAGAGCAGCUGGUCAAAUAUUUAACUGGCGCUUGA